UUGCUCUUUUAAACUCCACGCCAUCAGGGAUGAAGUCACCUUUCUUCUUUUAAAACCAACAGAUUGGCCCGUAAGUCCCUGUCCCUUCUGUUAGAACUUGUUUUUUUUUUCUCCUGCCGGCCACCAGGACCUUCUUUCAGGAGAUUCCGUUUGAUCCGAGAGCUGCACAGACAAGAGAGUCCACUGGAAGCAUGGACCUCAGUGAAACAUGGCCCCUGGAGGAAGGAACCUGGUUGUCUCAUGCUGGAAUUCAUCACUUUGCCAACACCAGAGGGGACAGUGAGUUUGUGGAAGCCUCUCCCGCGCCCUACAGCCCGGAGGAGUUAGGUCCCCCUCCUGUUUGUUACAGCCCCGGUAGUCCUGCCCCGAUUCUAGAAGACCCCAACUACUUUUUUCCAGACUUCCAGCUCUAUUCUGGGAGGCGUGAACCAUCUGCUUUGACGGUGGAGGCAAACGGUAGUAGCAUCAGGGAAAAAGUUGUUGAGGACCCCCUGUGUCACUUCCAGCCCCCGAGCCUCCUGAGGACCUCAGAGGUGGAAAUGAGAGGUUCCGAGGAUGCGGCAGCUGGGACAGUGUUACAGCGGCUGAUCCAGGAACAACUGCGGUAUGGCACCCCGACCGAGAACAUGAACUUGCUGGCCAUUCAGCACCAGGCCACAGGGAGUGCAGGACCCACCCACCCCACAAACAGCUUUUCUUCCACGGAAAACCUCGCUCAAGAAGACCCACCAAUGGUCUACCAGUCGGCACGCCAGGAGCCGCAGGGUCAAGAGCACCAGGUGGACAAUACGGUGAUGGAGAAACAGGUGCGGUCCACGCAGCCUCAGCAGAACAACGAGGAGCUGCCCACUUACGAGGAGGCCAAGGCGCAGUCCCAGUUCUUCCGGGGGCAGCAGCAGCAGCAACAGCAGCAGCAGGGGGCUGUCGGCCAUGGUUACUACAUGGCCGGGGGCAGCAGUCAGAAGGCCCGGACUGAGGGGAGGCCCACGGUGAACCGUGCCAACAGCGGACAGGCGCAUAAGGACGAGGCGCUAAAAGAACUCAAGCAGGGCCACGUCCGCUCUCUCAGUGAGAGGAUCAUGCAGCUGUCAUUGGAGAGGAAUGGUGCUAAGCAACACCUCCCUGGCUCAGGGAAUGGAAAGGGGUUCAAGGCAGGAGGGGGACCCUCCCCAGCCCAGCCUGCAGGUAAAGUGCUGGACCCCCGGGGUCCUCCUCCUGAGUACCCCUUUAAGACCAAACAGAUGAUGUCCCCCGUCAGCAAGACCCAGGAGCAUGGACUUUUCUACAGCGACCAGCACCCCGGGAUGCUGCAUGAGAUGGUCAAGCCUUAUCCUGCUCCUCAGCCCGCGAGAACAGAAGUGGCCGUCCUGCGGUACCAGCCGCCCCCAGAGUACGGGGUAACGAGCCGCCCCUGCCAGCUCCCUUUCCCGUCGACAGUGCAGCAGCACAGCCCGAUGUCCUCCCAGAACCCUCCCGUCAGCGGGCCGCUGCACUCCGUGUCCUUGCCACUUCCACUCCCCAUGACCCUGGCGGCUCCGCAGCCCCCGCCGGCCGCCUCGCCCAGCCAGCAGCUCGGGCCGGAUGCGUUCGCCAUCGUGGAGCGAGCCCAGCAGAUGGUGGAGAUACUAACCGAGGAGAACCGGGUGCUUCACCAGGAACUGCAGGGUUACUAUGACAAUGCCGACAAGCUUCACAAGUUUGAAAAAGAACUUCAGAGAAUUUCAGAAGCCUAUGAGAGCCUCGUCAAGUCCACUACCAAGCGGGAAUCACUGGACAAGGCGAUGAGGAACAAACUGGAAGGCGAGAUCCGAAGGCUUCAUGAUUUCAACAGAGACCUCCGAGAUCGCCUGGAGACUGCCAACAGGCAGCUGUCUAGCAGGGAAUACGACGGGCACGAAGACAGAGCUGCAGAGGGGCUCUACGCUUCCCAGAGUGAGUCUCCAUGUUUCUCUGGCCCCACAUUGGUAUUCUUAAAAACCGGGGCCCUGAGGAAGGAAUCUUGUUAAUUUUAAGUAGGCGGUUUGCUUCUUGUGUGUUCAUGUAGCAUAGAAACUGUUGGGCCUCAGAGGAGACCCUCCUAGGUCUGCCAGGCACAAAGCCAAGGUUGAUUUCUAUUAUUUUGGCAAUGUUUAUUCUGUCCUUCUGACCUAUAGUUUUUCUCUGUUUUUCUUGAAUAUCCUCCAAGAAAUAGCAAGGUCACGCCUUUCCUGGCAUUCACCCAUUUAAAUAAGGCACAACUCUUUUCCUCCAUGGAGAGGGAAGGAGGCCCAUGGUGGGAUCUGGUCCUCUUCGCAUAUUUUUUUGUGCUCCUGAGGGUGAGCGGUUCUGGACCAGCUGUCCCUUGCAGCAUCAAGUCACAGAAUGGUCCUGUCAUGCAUCUCCAUGUAUGGCGCUUGAUUCCAGAAGCCCCUGAGCCCACCCACUGUAGCCCAGAACAAAAUGAUCAGUGGCACCGUGGGCCUCUAGAUUUAUUAGGAGAAUAUUUUAUUCUUUUUACCAGAGGCAAGUG